AUGUCGAUUAAUAUUAGGGGUUUUGGUGUGGACAAGAAAGUGAAGUUGGUUAAAGAUUGGAAAUGGGCAGAAAAGGUGUCGUUCUUAGCGAUUCAGGAGACUUGGAGAUCGGACAUCCCUGACUCGGAUAUUGCUCAAUUCUGGGGGCGAUCGGGAUGGUAUAAGGAAGUUGUUGAUCCGGUGGGGAGGUUUGGUGGAAUUAUGUGUAUUUGGGACCCAGGUAUGUUCUCUAAAAGUUCUGUGAUCAAAGAUCCGAAUUUUCUUCUGGUUUCUGGAGUCUUAAAAGGAAGUAUGGAUGUAGUGAAUAUCGUUAAUAUAUAUGCUCCGCAAAAGCCUAUUGAUAAGAGGAGUCUCUGGGCCAGGCUCCUGUCGGUCAAAAACGGUCAUCCUGGUUUAUGUGUUUUCCUUGGAGAUUUCAACGUGGUUAGAAGGCCGGAGGAAAGGAAAAUUUCUAAAUAUAAACCGGCAUGUGCGAGGGAGUUUAAUAAUUUCAUUUUUGAGGCGGAGUUAUGUGAGUACAACUUAAAAGGCAGUAAAUUUACUUAUCUUAUCGAAGGGCCAUAUGGUAAGAAAUUUAGCAAAAUCGACCGUAUUCUUGUGUGCAAAGCGUUCCAUAAUUUAUGGCCGGAGGCUUGUGUGCUAUCCCUUACUAGGGGCCAAUCAGAUCAUAAUCCGAUUUUAUUGACCAUUAAAAAUCUGAACUUCGGCCUUAAGCCUUUCAGAUUCUUUAGUUCUUGGCUGGAUAGACAGGAUUUUGAUCAGGUGGUUGAGGACAAGAUCAAAGCCUGGAGGGAUGAGUUGAGGGUUAAGGAAGGGGAAACCGAGGUUCAUGCGAAGGAGGAAUUAGAGGAGUUGGAAGCUGUUAUAGAGGAUAGAGAUUUGUCUAACGAAGAGGAGUGGGUGAGACUCGAAUGUAAAAGGAAGUUGAAUUCGAUCGAAGACAACAGAGCCAAGGAUCUCAAACCGCGGGCCAGGCUCAAAUGGGCCAUGGAGGGGGAUGAUAACAUGAAGUUCUUCCACGGUAUGGUUAAUAAAAAUAAGUCCUCAAAUGGGAUCCCGGGGUUGUUGAUAGAUAACGUGUCAGAGUCUAAGCCUUCUAAAGUUAAAAAAUCAGUUCACGACUUCUUUCGGGACAAGUUCAAAGAAGAUUUGCCUAGCCGUCCUGAUCUCUUGUGCGCUUUCGAGAAAAGUCUUUUGGAGGAAGACGCUUUCAUGCUUUCGGAUAAAUUUUCGAAGGUAGAAAUUAAGGCGGCGGUCUUCGAGUGUGGUAGCGAUCGGGCUCUUGGCCCGAUGGUUUUAAUAUGA